UGGGAUUCGGGAUCGGGGUAGGAUUAGCGGUAUGGGGUAGGGCAGAGCCGGGGAUGUCGCGGUACGGGCGGUGGCGGGGCGUCCGCGCUGCCGGCGCGCGGAGGGAGGGAGGGGGCAACGAUGAUGGAGCUGGUGAUGGAGUUGCUGGGGAGCACGACGGGAUGGACGGGGCAGCCUUCGGGCGAGGGAAGGGGGAAGUCUUGGGUCCCCGCUGUGCGGCCUGCCUCAGUUUCUCUAAAGGGAAAACUUUGCCGGGACGCUCCCGCCCACGUCCGGGGCCCUCCUUCCCCUCGAAGGCGCGGACCUGCGGCCGGGUGGCUCCCGCGAUAACCCUCCCGUCCCUUGUCGCCGCCGUCCCCCUCCCCAGGGCACUAUGAACGAGGAGCAGUUCGUGAGCAUCGACUUGGACGAUGACAACAUCUGCAGCGUGUGCAAGCUGGGCACCGAGAAGGAAACGCUCUCCUUCUGCCACGUCUGUUUCGAGCUGAACAUCGAAGGAGUACCAAAGUCAGAUCUUCUACAUACAAGAUCUUUGAGGGGGCACAGAGACUGCUUUGAAAAAUUCCACUUAAUAGCAAAUCAGGACUGUCCACGAUCAAAGCUCUCUAAAAGUCCUUAUGCAGAAGUAAAAAAUAUCUUGAGCAAAAAAAUUAACUGGAUCAUACAAUACGCACAAAACAAGGAUUUAGACUCUGAUUCUGAAAGCUCAAAACCAUCCCAACACCAGCUUUUUAGCUUCAGACAUCAGACUGAUAGAAAAUUACUCCCACAGUUUGACUCCCCAGUACCCAGAUACUCUGCAAAAUGGAUAGAUGGGAAAUCUGGAGGCAUUUCAAGCUGCUCACAGACUCUGCUGGAACCAAGAGAAUCCACUGAUUUCAGACUCGGUGCUACCUUCUGUUGCAGCAGCGUUUUGUGGUCCAACCGCAGCCAGGUCCAGAAAGCUGAAAAAGCUGAAGGUGAUUCACUUGCCAGUGUUCACAGGAGACAUCCUCAGCACAGCAGGGAGGAACUGACUACAAUGACUCUAGGAGAGUUAAAGCAACUUAAUGAAAAACUGCUCAAGCAAAUCCAGGAUGUGUUUGAAGAGCUGGCACAGCAGGUCCAGGAGAAGGACUCCCUGGCCUCCGAGCUCAACGUGCGCCACAUCGCCAUCGAGCAGCUGCUGAAGAACUGCUCCAAACUGCCCUGUCUGCAGAUGGGAAGAGCAGGGAUGAAAUCCAACGUCCCCAUAUAAAGGGAAACAACUUCCAUCCCCCCUAGAGCAAACUGUCCCUAACAGCAUUGAUAACCAUUAAGUACAGCUGCACCCAUAUUUAGAAGCUUUUGAGAAAACUUGGGCAGCUUUCUCUUUGUAUUCGUAAUCCAUGGGAAGUCUUAUUCCAUUUUGGGUUUAACAAAAAAGGCAAAUAUUUUGGGUAUUAAAAUCUGCGGUAAUAAGGUUUAUUCACAUUUGGGGAUUAUUAAUUUUUUCCCAUAACUACGCAUGAGCCUUGAAAUGAAUUAUGUGUUUUGUUUAUGAUAAAAUUGUUUCUAGCAAAGAAUGACCUGAAGCCUGUAAACCUGCCUCCUUCAUACGGAGGACAAAACAAAAAUUUGUCUUUUGAUCAGGUCUGAUCCUGUUACAUCCAAGAGAGCUUUAAGGGGAGAACAGUAUUAAUGAAACUCAUGUUUUCUUAUUUAUUAUGAGCAAUAUUUUAUUAUUGAAAUUUUAUACUAAAUAAAUAUCACUAUUUUAGGUACUUUUCCAGGUCUCUUUAUAAAAUGUCUGAGUUACUCUGUGUAACGUUUAUGCCUUGUGUAUGAUUGUUUAUCCUUUUUCAGGUCUGUAUCUUUCAUGAUACAAUUUUAAAAAGUAUUGUUUCCCAAAGAGAUGAAUUUCACAUGUUGAAGAAAAAACUUUAGUGGUGUAUCAAUUAUUUUUAUCAGCUUUAUAACUGAAGAAUUUGGUUCGUGAGAUAUUUAAAAAAGCACAGCACUUGCUUUAAAUUAAAAAAAGAAUCCAUACUUUGGUUUUAAUGCAUAGAAGUUGUUUUAUAUGUGUGAAAUUUUCAACGCUGAAAAAACUACUUUGACGAAACUCAAUAAAUUUGUAAUACUA